UCCGCUCAACAUCUGGUCACAUCGAAAGAGUCCCCCUGCGAAUACUUGAUGGAAAAAAGUCCUCAAAAAGGAUAAGCACAAGGAUAUAGCGCGAGGAAAGACAACGGCCAGUUGGUAUUGAUCAACCGUUCAAUUGAAGUCCGUAAAUCACAAACCAAACAACCAAGACCCGGGGAGGAGGUGAAACCGAGCGGCAAAAGCCAAGCGAAAACAAAACCAAAAUUCAACGGAGAGGGAAACGAAACGGCGUCGAAUACACAUCCCAGGAUGUGGGACUCGUCGAUGUUUCUCAGCACCCUGACGCCAAAGUUCUACGUGGCGCUCACCGGGACAUCUAGUUUGAUAUCCGGACUGAUUUUAAUCUUCGAGUGGUGGUACUUCCGCAAAUACGGCACCUCUUUCAUAGAGCAAGUGUCUAUCAACCACAUAAGCCCCUGGAUUAACGGCAGCGAUGGACAAUCGGAGUCCAGUAAUGGCAGUGGAUCCAGCAGCAGCAGCGGCUCCAGUAGUAGCAGCAACGGUGGAGCGGGUGGAGGGAGUGCAGCCGGAGGGACAGGAGCGACAACUAGCACUGGAACCCAAAUGCCCGAGUGUAAGGUUUGGAGGAACCCGUUGAAUCUGUUUCGCGGCGCAGAGUACCAGCGAUUUUUCUGGGUGACCAAUAAGGAACCGCUGACAUACUACGAUAUGAACUUGAGCGCCCAAGACCACCAGACCUUCUUCACCUGUGAGGGGGAUGCACGUAAGGAGGAGUACGAGAUCAUGCAGACUGCAUGGCGGGAAAGGAAUCCAAUGCAGAGAAUAAAAUCAGCAAACAGCGCUCUUGAAAUCAAUUCAGAGUGUGCUCCCGCCUACAUCCUGUUGGCGGAGGAAGAAGCCAUGACUAUCAUGGAGGCAGAGAAGAUCCUAAAAACCGCUCUAAAAGUGGCCGAGAUCAACUAUCGCAAGUCCCAAGCCACCCAACACCAGGGAGCCAUAGCGGACGGGAUGCAUCGUCGGGAUACUAAUGUUCUAAUAUACAUCAAGCGUCGCCUGGCCAUGUGCGCCAGGAAGCUCGGUAAACUAAAGGAGGCGGCCAAGAUGUUCAGGGAUCUCACAAAAGAGAUCCCGUCCAUCAUGAGCGUGCUAAACAUUCACGAGAACUUAAUCGAGACGCUGUUGGAGAUGCAAGCCUACGCCGAUUGCCAUGCCAUUCUGGCUAAAUACGAUGACAUCUCGUUGCCCAAGUCGGCCACAAUAUGUUACACGGCAGCUCUCUUGAAGGCUCGCGCUGUAGCGGAUAAGUUCUCGCCGGACAUAGCUUCCAAGCGGGGACUGAGUCCGGCAGAGAUGAGCGCCGUGGAGGCAAUUCAUCGGGCUGUGGAAUUUAAUCCCCAUGUGCCCAAGUAUUUGUUAGAGACGAAGCGUCUCAUCCUGCCGCCAGAGCACAUUCUCAAGCGCGGCGAUUCCGAGGCUCUGGCCUAUGCGUUCUUCCAUUUAAAGCACUGGAAGCAGGUGGAGGGUGCCCUGAAUCUGCUGCACUGCACCUGGGAGGGCACAUUUCGCAUGCUACCGUAUCCACUGGAGCGCGGCCAUCUCUUCUAUCCAUAUCCAACGUGCACUGAGUGCGCCGAUCGGGAACUGCUGCCGGCAUUUCACGAAGUUUCUGUUUACCCAAAAAAGGAGCUGCCCUUUUUCAUUCUGUUUACGGCGGGAUUGUGCAGCAUUACCGCUCUGUUGGCUUUAGCCACGCAUCAGUAUCCGGAACCGAUGGGACAUCUGGCACAGACCGUACUUACCUGGAUCUCGUAUCCGUUUCAGUUGCUCAAGGAGCGCAUCGAGGCGUUCUGGCCGUGCAAUUUGCUUCAGCAAUUGUCGCGCGUUUAAACCUACAGGAGACAUCCUACAUCCUAGGAUCUCCUCCACUUUCCACCCCUCGAAUGACACAAAAUCACACUCACACGCAUCCAUUUUUCGGCAACCAACAAGCUACAAAUCCACUCAAAAUUACACAAACCAUAAAUACAUAACAUGCAUAUAUAUAUAUAUAUAAAUACA